AUGCCAAAGAGAAAGAGUGAUUCUGCAAGUGAUUUGGAUGGUGACCAAACAGUGCCAUUACCGAUUCAGACAUUUUUCUGGCGUCAAACAAGUCCAUUUAUUCGUCCCAAGCAGGGAAAAUUAUGUGAGGCAUCUUGUGUGUCAUUCGAAAGAGUUGUAGUUCAAAACAUUCUACAUGGAUUAUCACCAAGUCUUUGUGAAGCUAUACAAAGUGUAUCUAGAUGGAAGACAAUACAAGCAGCAUUUCCACAUCUCAUGCAUGCAUGCUCAUCAUUACUGUCCAUCAGAAAACGUACCCAUCCUGAAGCCAAGUUUACACCAUUUGAGAUUAAACUACUUUACACUCUUCAUUGGAUCAUUCUUGAUGCUUCUUCUGAAUGUAGUGAUGCUGAGCCAGAAAAACAACCCAAAGGAGCAACUUCCAUGUACAUGCAUCCAUUGAGUACUAUACAAUUGUUCGUAUAUCAAUUUGCCCCAUUGAUUCACACAAUCAAAGAUGAAGAUUUUCAGUCAUUGAAGUUAGAAAAUGGUCUGCAGCUAUGGCAACCAUUGUGGGAGUACCGACAACCAGAUAUUCCAUGUUUUUCUACCCCAGUUAAGCCUCAGCGGAAUGUCUUAAAAGCACAACGUAACCUUCUGAAGGUUAACACCAAUGCUGCUAAUAUCUAUGUUGGUAAAGGAUCAUCGAGAGAAAAUUUGACAUACCUCUUUGAUACAUCUAGUAAAUUGAGCUUAACUGUUCAAGAUCCCCAGAGUCCAACUGCUCCUUUAGCAAGAAUGAGUGAUAUUUGCCCAUUGUCUUCUGCUGCUUCACAAGCACCAACCAUGGAGGUGAUGUGUGAAUACUGUAAUACAGUGAUGCCGAUGAAAUCAGGUGAAGCUGGUAUGACAUGUAAAUGUGGUCGUAAAGACAGUUUAGUUUUUUGCCAACCAGACUCCAAAUUUUACGCCUUCCAAAAACUAACAUCAUCUGUUGAUAAAGAUUAUGUUAAACAGAGGUUAGCCAGUGCUGUUGUCAGUGGUAACAGAACAUCAGAAGAACCUGAUAUGUUAAGUGCAAGUUAUUUCGAUGUGGCUGUUUUAAGAUGUUUAUUCAGUUUAAAUUGGCAAGAAGAAGGUAUAUUGUGGUCAUUGAGAUAUGUUCACCAAAGAAUAUUAGAAGUUUGUGAUGAAUUUAUGAGGUUUGAUCAUUCAGUGCGUGCUAGAAGUAGAAGUUUACCAAUGCCUGAUUUAGAUGUGUUACGAGGUGUACCUGGUAGUAAAGCUGGUACUCCUGAUGAUAAUAAAAGUGGCCUGUCAACAGGACAUGACACCAGGACACCCUCUCCUCAACCAACAUCACCUACUAUUACCAAUAAACAUUAUUAUAAUGCUUCCUUCAACAACUCAGACCGUAAAGAACCUCCAUUUAAAAAGAUACGUGUGAUAGAGUUGAAACAGUUUUUUGACUCUGGUAAAAUGUUAUUGAAGAAGAAAGAAAGUGGAGAAAUAGAUGUGACAGGGUCUCAAUCACCUAAAACAUGUAAAACAGAUUCUGGUAGCCAUGGUUUCAAGUCUUAUAAUGAUGACUCAUCUAGUUCCUGUACUAUUUCAACAGUGGAUACAGAGACAGAACUUAUACGCCCUAAUUCUGUACAUGGUACAUAUUCUUCAAAAGAGGAUAAACAUUCUGCUUGUGGACAACGUAUUAGUAUGCCUACCCUGCCUCAAUCUGAUAGAGAAUCAGUUGGUAGUAGCAGCCAUCACAGUGGUCAUGACUCUUCUAAUUCAUCUAAAGAUGACCUACAGAAACCUGAACCUAUUCGGCGACCAAUUAUAACUAUCACUGAACACAGCCCAGAUCCUAAAUUCCCUUCUAAUUAUGAUUUAUGUAUGAGUGAAGGUGAUGCUGAAGAAAGCCACAUCAAUCAAAACCUGUCUCGAAGUAUGACAGAUUCUAAUAUACAUUACCAAGUUGAAGAAGAAAUCCAAGAAGUAGCAGGAUCCAAGUAUUAUAUACAAGAUAAUGGACAUUUGAAUUAUAAAGUUAUAUUACGUGCUGUACAUUUUAUAGCUCUAUCAGAACGUUCACCAUCUAUCUGUGAAGUUCUGUUGAACAUUUUAAAUUGUUUAGUAGAUUUAGAUAUAAUUGAAGUCCAUCAACAGACACCUAGUCCUCAGUCAGUGUCUUCACCAGAUAGUACUAUCACCAGUCAACAAACUGAUAAAUCACCUACUAAUGAAAGCUCAAAAGGUCAUGUAACAGCUCACAGUUUAGCAAUGGAAUCUUUAUUUAGAAUCUACAAAGCUUUAGGAUGUCCACAUGGUUGUGGAGAUGGUAUUGUUGGUGCACAAGGUGACCAUCUGAGGUUGAAAGGUCAACAGUGCUUAAAGAGACUACAGAAACUGAAUCCACCUCUAUUCCAUAAGUUUUUAAGGGACACAGUAAAGAAGAAGAAUUUACAGGAGUCUGUAGAUUUUCUACAUGCUGUUUUAGGAUUCUGUACUGAUCCUACAAUUAUUUUACAAUCACCACAGGGCAACUCCCAGAAAAAGUCUGCUUCACAAGAAACUCUACCUAGAAAUGGAUAUGCUAAUAAUUUUGGUCACAGUAUUGGAGGGGAAGGAUAUAGAGGUGUAGAGGGUGUAUUAAUAGCUAAUGUAUUUAAACAUUUCGUAUCAAGAUGUGUAGAAAGUGUAUCUGAAUUAUGUGGUCAUGAAAAUAUUGGAUUAUUCUGUGAUGUCAGACAAUUUACAUCCUAUGUGAAAGAAAUACAUGGUGGAACAUAUCGUAGAAUAGCAUUGAGUGGUUUAUUAGAUUCACUGCAGAAACUACGCAGACGUAAAAUUGAGAAAGAGCGGGAAGCCAAGAUGGCAAAGCCAGAAGCUAGAAUGCGCAGAACAACAUCGGUAACUAGUGAUAGUGGUGAUGAAAAAGAGGUAACAAGUCAAUCACCUAUAUCUUCUACUAUAAUACAUACUAAUACAGAUACUAACACACCGGUUAAAUCACGCAAAUCUUUCUUCCGUAGAAAACUUCGUAAGUCAUUAAUGUUUCAAUAUGCUGCAAGUGAUAGUGAAUUAUUAGAUGAAGGUACACAUGGUAAGAGAAGUCCUAGAACUAGUAUAUCAGCAGCAGAAGAUGAUUCACCUUCUGGAUUUAGUACUCCAAGACGAAGAUUUAGUAAAUUUCAAAUAGGAUGGAGAAGAGGUACCAAGUCUGAUCAUGAAGAUGAUUCUCAUCAUGAAAUGACAGGAUUAGAUAGACGAGAUAGUAGAAGUGAUGUACAAGUUCAUACUGGUAGAACUAAAGCUAAGAUGUCAUUUAAAGCUGCUAGUCAUGCUACUUUAACAUUUCUUAGUGCUAGGAAGAAACUGUCUAAUGAUAAGGAAACAUUGAUGAAGGCUUGGAAUAGAGGUCGAGCUAAAGUCAAUAGUAACGAUGGUGCACAUGGUGGUAAAACAGGUACAAGUCAUGACAUUAGUUCUGAAGCUAUUAUUGUCAAAGAAAAGAAAAUGGUGGACAAAUACCUCAUCAGAUCAGGAAUGCUGCGCUUCUCAUUUCUUAUGGAAUGUUCAGCACCUGGCACAUUUCCUGAUCCGCAACUUGUAGCAGCCAUGUUGGAUUUGGAUGCUCCUGUAGCAGCUAGAGCUGCAAUGUUAUUAGAAUGUGCACAUUUUAUACAUCGUUGUAACCAUGGUGAUUGGCCAAAUUGGAUGAAAUUGAAUUUACCAAGUUUUAGACAUACAGUAGCAGCAUUACAAAAUCGUGGCCAACCAUCUGGUUAUAGAAGAAAUCUUAUGUUACAACGAGCUGCAGGCAGAUUAUUUUAUUCUUGGGCAGAGAAUUUAGGUAGUCAACUAGAAUAUAUACUAGCUAAAGAACAUGCAGACCGACUGUCUAUUAUCAAUGAUAUUAAAGAUGAGACUAAGAAGAAGGAAUUAAGAAAAGAAGAUGAAGAAGAAGAUUUCCUUGAUGAAGCAUCAGUUAAUGAAAAAGGAACAGAAUGUCCUUAUGCUUUGAAAAUGUUGGGAUGCCUAGUUCUACUAGAAAUAACAACAUUCUUGAGAGAGACUUUCCAAUAUCUACCUAAAUCUCGCAGUCAGAAACGUGAACAUCCUUGGGAGAAGACAGUCACAUCCAGACGAUUUAGUAGUAUUGUUAGUAGUCCAGGUCACUCAGACAAAAGUUCAGAAUCCAACAUUGCAGAAUUACCUCAAGCCACUGGUCCUAUAGGAAGUCCUGGUGAUCGUAAAAUAAGUUUUGCUGUAUUAACAGAACGAUCUGAUUCUAUACACAGUAGUACAACAUCUAUAUCAGUUUUAGACCCUAAUCUCAAUGAUGAAAAGAAAGAGAGAGGUCGAAGAUUAGCUCAAGGAAGACAGAAACUAUUACGUCACUUUAGAAGAGGUUCUACCCACAAUGCAAGCUUCAGACAUAAUCGUAGUUUUAAAUUUAAAAGACAAGAAGGCAGUGGUAGUAUCAAACAAAUGGGAAGUUUAAGAUCUAGGAAAGUUAGUAGUCAAUCAUUACAAUCAGAAGCUAAGUUUGUUGAAGAAGACCCAGUAUUAACAGAAGAUACAGAAUCAGUGACUAUGUUAAGUGAUGAUACACAGGAAUCACCUGGUGAACGCGAUCAGGAAGUUGAAGAUGAACAGCUUUAUCAGGAUUUACCUUGGAUUAAAGUUGUUGUACAGAUAGCCAACUUAUCCAAUUUUAUAUGUCCCCACCAUAACUACUGUCACCCUAACUGUUAUGAACGGCAGAGACGAAGUUGUUCACGUUUAAUAACAGCACUACGUAAAAUACAUGACUCUACAGAGGAAAGUGAAUCUGACUCCUAUAAACUUGAUCAAAAUAAAGAAACAGUCAAAGAAAAGAUUAAGAGAAAAGAAUCUUUGUUUCAACUAACAUCUCCAACAAGAAGGAGAGAAAGCACACCUUUAUUGGAGAAAAUCAAAUCAGAUGUAUCCAUGACUAAAUUGAAACUUAAUUCAACUUGGAAAAAGGAAGAAAAACCAAAAGAAAUCAAAGAAGAUCCACUAAUAAUCAAAUACCUUCAAUCUCAGGCACAGAGACUGACCCAAUGUCCUAUGACAAUAUUAUGUAAAGCAGCACCAAUAUUAAGUGUAGAGAAUUUUAUUGAUAUGAUGCCAGUAGCCUGGGAACUGAUCUUAGAAAGUGAUCAGGAAUUAGCUGCUGCUGCAGCCUCUGUGUUUCUACUAUCAUCAGUCAAAUCACCAGAUAAAGUAAGAAAUAUGAUAAUUAAAGAACUACAACAUGAAGAAACAGCACAGAGAAUAAAUGCUGUUAUCAGGUUUGGAAUAUUAUGGCGAUUCAGAUAUCAAGUUUGGCCUAGAAUGGAAGAAGGAUCCAAUUUAUUUUUUAAAAUACCACCACCUGGUAUAGAUUUUACUCUGCCCUCACCAACUAUUGGUUUACCUAAUCUCACUGUCAUUGAUCCACCAUGGAUGCCACAUUUUAAAACUAAGAUAGAAGAAGUGACUAUAAAUCAAGAAGAGUCAAAAUCACUUGUAACAGCAACAACAACUAGACGUAAACAACAACAAGAAAUGAUACGUAAAGGUUUACAUGCUGAAGAAGAAAGAAAACGUAUUGGAAGAGAAAAUUUCCCAAUGAUGACAGUUCCUGUGUGUCAACUAGCAGCUUAUGAACCAGCUUUACAUAAUCCUGGAGAAGAACACGAAGAGGGUGAUGAAGAUAGAGCUGAACAUUCCCAUCAUUUACAAAUGACUCAGAAUUUCUUUCCAUCAUCAAUUUGUGCUGCUGUCUUACCAAUUAUACAUUUAUUAGAUGAUUGUGAUGUUAAUGAUGGUGGUAUAUCAGUAUGUGAAGUGGCUAAUAAAGUAAUAUGGGACAGUAUUGUGGAAGAUCCUAUUCUAUUCUUUCGACAUUUCUUAGAAAAGUUAACUAACAAAGAUAAACAGGAAGAGCUGUUAUUUGUAUUAAGGAAGUUAGUAUUAUAUUAUAUAAAGCUACCAGCUCAGACUGCCCAUGCUCUUUAUAAUUAUUUAAUUGGUUUUGUAAUGUUUUAUGCAAGAUCACCAUGUGAAGGAGGUCAAGAAGCUAUAGCGGGUGCUCUAGAAUUAUUACAUCUUGUUAUACCAUCAGUUGAAGGAAUUUUCUUUAAAGAUUUAAAACAGACAUUGAAGAAAGAACAGUGUGAUCCAUAUUUGUUGAUAUCAGCUAAUGUUGCUAAUGCCAAGAAGAUUUUAGUACAUGGUCCAGAUUUAUCUAGUAUACCUUCACAACUACCUAUACAUGAAGAUACUCAAUUCUCUCAGAUAUUAACAGAAGCAUUAGAAUUCUUUAAUAUUCCUGAAGAUCAACAAAACCAAUAUUUCUUAUUGGAUACCAAAACUAAUCAAAUUCAAAAUUUGAAUUCGUACGUGAGAGAUUUUUAUUUCUUCCGACGUAAUUUCUACCCUCAACUGAGUUUAACUCACAUGAAUCCUGACACUGCUGAUAUUGCUUUACAGAAAAGAGUGUUCACUCUAAAGUUUGUAGAGAUUGGUAAAACAUUAUUUACAAAUGCAGUGUUAUCUAGUACACCCAUACAUCAGCUACAAAAUCAUGUAUCAUUUUUAUAUGAAGAGUUUAUAAAGCUACCAUCAUUUCCUAGGAAAGCUUUGGAUGCUGAAUUUGAUCUGUAUCAUGGAGAAUGGGGCAAGGAACUGUUUUCUAUGGAUUCCUUACAUAAAUAUGCCUGGGCUAAGUUAAUGAACACCAUGUUUCGCUCUAUGCCUAGUACAUUUAAUUGGUCCAAUGAUUUACCAUUGUUUUUAAAUGUUAUAAAUGGUACAGUAAUAUUACUAUGUGAAGAUACAGCAGUUCUGAGAUUCUGUCUGGCAUCCUUUAUAAAUACUUGUACACAUUUUAAACAUAUCUUUGCUACUAAUGGAUUCCUGUAUAUAAUGCCAACACUAUUAAGAGUUUAUAGUAAUAAUCAACCUAAUGCUGUAUUAAAGAAAGCUAUACAUUUCGUUUGCCGACAAUUCUAUAUUCUUCAUCGUAAACCAUUUAUGUUACAAAUGUUUGGAUCAGUGGCACCAUUAUUAGACAUGACUUGUGGUGCUGGAGGUCUGCUAGAUUGUAAUAAGGCAAAGAAAACAUGUGUUGACAAUCUAGGUGUAUUAAAUCUUGUGGAGGGAGAAAAACCACUCAGAGCUCUUGAUUUUUGCUAUGAGAAUGAUCCUGAUGAUUUUGAUCUAAUGGAUGUGAUCAAUAUGUGUGUCACUGUGGUAGCUUAUGGUCCAGAUUCCUUCAGGAGUGGACAGAUGUUGACUAUUUUAGAGAUAAUUAUACCACGUUAUCUACAACAUCUAAAGAAAGAGACAACAGCUAGAGAUAAUCCAACAGCAGCUAGAGCUGAGAUAGAUUGUAUUAGUAGAAUAGCUGUUUCUAUUAGAGCUUUACUUAGCUGUUGUGAAUUUUUUACCAGACCUAUGAGUAUACCACAACGUCAUAUGGAAACAGUUAAUUCUAAUAUAAAACCAAUGCAGAACCAUAGUGUACAUUCUUUAACAUUAGAUGAUAGAGAAGACUCACAUGCCAGUUUUCUAUCACCAAGUCGUCAUAUGGAAGAAGGCAGGCGUAAAACAUUUCUACCAGAUCCUGAUGACCUUGAACUUCGUAAUGAAUUUCGUAAACCGAGAGAUUCCUUGUUAUCUCUUGUGGUUGAGUUUUAUUCAUUCUGUGGAACUCGAAUGAAGGAAUUAAGAAAAGUUUUAGCUGAUCCCACUUUUCGAUCACCUGAUUUGGUGGAUCAUAAAACACAUAAUAGACUUGCUGAGAUAGCUCUUACUUUGUUAAAACUUGCACCAUAUGAUCGUAUUACCAUGGCUUGUUCAGGAUUACAGAGGUAUAUGACUGGUAUGUUACCUGCCACUGAUUGGUCACAAGAAUCAAUACGUCCAGCAUUAAACCUGAUAUUACGUCGUUUAGACAGAUUGUUCUCAAAACUUUCCAAAAAAUCAGGAUUAAGGAGACAAAUGAAUUGGGAUGCUGCAGCUAGUAUUUUGAAAGGUGUUUAUUGUACAUUAAGAAAAUUUCCAUAUAUUGCUCAUCUUCCCCAUUUAAAGACAUUAGUAAAUGUACUAAUAAAUAUAUUACUAUCUGGAGCUCCUGGUGGACCAUUGAUACCUGAAGGUGGUACUACUAUUAGUUCUUCAUGUCGUACUGAUGGUCCAGCCUCUGUUGUUGAAGUACCACCAAUAUUCUGUUCAGCUGUUGUUAAACUUGUAGCUAUGCAGAUGCAAUUUUUAGGGGACCAGUAUACAUUUGAACAACUGUGUGGUGGUAUGGCCAUGUUUCAAGUCACUGAACGAACAUUAAGUUUAUUGGUGAACUUUAUACUUCCAUUAUGUAUAAGAGUUGGAUGUGGACGUAAAGAUAUGCCCAAGUUAUCACAUGUAGAUGUGUUAUUUAUCUGUAAUAUUAUAUGUAAUCUACUGUCACAAGGUAGUAAGGUUCAUGGUUCUAAUAACAACGCUGCAAAAUCACAUCUAUCUAUUGGUGAAUAUGGUAGAUCUGGUAGUAUAUCACAGGAUGAUAAACCUAAACAUAGAAUGGCUACAGAUAUACAACAGUGGGGUGCUUUGUUAGGUCUAGAAAUAUUGAUGGUAUGUUUUGAUAAACAGUUAGCUGGUGAAUGGCAUAAAGUUGCUAAAACUAUACAAAACCUAGCAAGUAGAGGCCGCAUUGGAUUACCAUUAUGGAAUUUUAUAGAUUUUGUAACAACACAUAGACCUUCAUUGUUUUUAAUACUGCAAACAUUUAUAGAAUUUAGAAUGAUGAAGGUUAAUUGUGAUACAGCUCAAGAAUAUUAUUUACAACAAACAAUAAGAGAUAAAUUACAAGGUUAUAGUUUCACUCAUCCUAAAUCUUGUAGUUCUAUCUUGAUACAACUAGCUACAGAAUUAAAACAACUACGUGAAGAAAUAGCUAGUAAUAAUAUAGCUGGCUACAGAUCUAGAACAGCAACAUUUGCUACAGAUAGAUCUGAUUCUUAUACAACCCAGGUACCAGAUAGAUCACGGCCAUCUUUCUCAGAGAUUGCUAUGGAAAUUAUUGGUCCUUUUAAACCUGUUGUUAACUUAUCUUGUAAACGUGCUAGUCGUGCUACCAUCUUUUCUCAAUCAAGUUCAGCCAGUGGACCUCAGAGAUCUGGAACAUCAGAAGAAGUUUCUCCUUUAAUGAUUCGUCAUAAAUCCAGUAAACGUAUCUCGGCUCAUGAUGGCAGUAAAAUCCUGGAGAAAUUUACACGUAAAAAUACUAUAGAUGAUAUAUCACCAGAUCAAGUUGAAUUUGAAGGCUCACCAUUAAUUAAACGUAAAGGUACAAUUCGUGGUGGAAGACUUUCUAAACAAUCUAGUAUGGAUGAUCAAGGGACACCAGCUCAUGUUUUAUUUGAAAAUGAAGAAAAUGAAGCUGCUAAUGGUGGAGCAAUCCAUACCAUUAACCCAGACACAGAUGAUCCUAGAGGUCAUAGGUUACAAAGACAGGAUGCUAAAAGUCGUAAAACCUUUAAAAUAAGACGCCAAAAAACAAAGACUACGAGUAUGAGAAGAUUUAUGUCACAUAGACGUCGACCAGAUCAUGGUGAGGAUGGUGGUAGUAGUGAAGAAUCUCCUCAACGUAUUCCUGGUACAGCUGUUGUCUUCCAUGAACAAGCAUCAUUUCAGCUUCGGAGACCCACUGGUGUCACCAUGGCUCGUUCAGUAGAAACAAUACCAGAAUCUGUUGAAGCUAAGGUACAUCCUAAUGCUGCACGUGUUUAA